AUGCAAGUUGAGCUCUGGAUCCGUUUUGAUUUUGGGUAUCGGCAUGCGCUCUCCAUCCCGGUUCACGAGUGUCGGCGAUUCUCACUGCAUCCUCUCACCUGGUUACGUUUUCUGGGGUACGCCUUAUACGGCAAGGAAGGGUACAUCUCCUAUGAGCGCGAUGGCGAAGAGGUCGCGGAUUAUCGUCCUGAGGGCGUGUCUAUAUCGCCUAGGAUGUAUUACUACAUAUCUCAAGACAAAGACUAUCGUUUGCUUGAUCCAAAUCUGAUGAAUGGCAGAACCUCCUACACGUCGGAUGUCACUAACCGCCGGGCGAACUUUAGAGACGAUGUAGUCAAUCGUGAUAGGCGUUGCGUGGUAACUGGUGCAGCUCCAGCACAAUGUCAGGCUUGCCAUAUAGUCCCGCAUGCAACGGUAAACCACUGGCAGGUGCGUUCCGGCCCUUGGUACCGUUCACGCCGCUUAUUCCAGACGCAGUACAUGAAGAAUCUCGUCGACUACAGGCAAGCAGUCGUUGAUCCACUCUUAGACGACGUCAACGAUACGCGGAAUGGGAUCCUGCUUAACCGAAUGCUGCAUACCGCGUUCGGAACCUCCCAGGUCGCCUUCUUACAGUUACCCAAUUUCGCGAUGAACGUCAACGAUGUGCCGCUCGCCAUGCAAAGCGACACGAUUGUCGGCCUUCUUCAAUUCGCCGUGCAUCCGUCACUCGCGAAUAGUCGCCUUACCUUUCACAAUUUUAGUUGCAGUGAUCCACUGGUUGAUCACAUAAUACCUCACAACUCAGCUGCGGCGCAAGCAAAUAACGAUUGGCCGCCACCUUUUCUCUUCGGUGUCGCCUAUGGUUCUGCUGCGCUCGAGGCAUGGGGAGUGAAGAACUUUGUGCAAUUUAGCCAGGAAAAAACCAAGGACUUUUACUACCGCGAGACCGACGAUGACGACGACGACGAUGAUGACAGUCAUUCAGUUAGGGGUGCAGGGAAACGGGGGAUGGUUAGUCGCAAUAAAACGGUUCGAACUAGGAAAGCAGAUCGUCGUUCGCAGACUGAGAUGUCGGAGAAGGUAGGAGACAGUGAGGCAUUUGAUAUGUUUGACGUGGUUGCGGGAUUAUGGGCGUAUAAUGCAAGGAAGGACAUGCAUCGGGCACGUAUUAUGAAGGAGCAAACUAGGGAGAGCAUUCAAAAUUGGCUUCAACUUGUAGAAUGA